AUGUCUUCUAUUGUUGGAUUGAACCAUCUCUCGGAAGCACUCAUCGAUGCUGGAAACAGACUUCUCAGCCCUCAUUCUUCAACCGACGAGCUUCUUACUCUUCUCGAUGAAACUGAGUCUCUGCUUAGAAAGGUGGAGCAAGAUCAACCCUUGUCAAUGCAAAAUGCCCUAAUCCCCUCCAAGAAUGCUUUGGUUUCAAGUGACCUCUUAAGCCACCCUGAUUCUGAUGUUAGGGUUUCUGUUGUCUCCUGCUUAACUGAAAUCGUCAGGAUUACUGCCCCACAGGCACCUUACACUGAUGAUCAGAUGAAGGAAAUCUUCAAAUUGACGAUAGAAGCUUUUGAGAAGCUAGCUGAUGCGUCCUCUCGCAGCUACCAGAAAGCUGAGUCUGUUCUUGAUAAUGUAUCAAAGGUCAAAUCAUGUUUGGUCAUGUUGGACUUGGAGUGCGAUGACCUCAUUCUACAAAUGUUUCAUAUCUUCUUGAAAAUCAUAAGAUCUGAUCAUCCACGAGUGGUGUUUUCGUCCAUGGAGAUGAUAAUGAUUACAGUAUUAGAUGAAAUCGAAGAAGUGUCCAGGGAUUUUCUCGAUACUUUGUUAGCUAGUGUCAAAAAGGAUAAUCAGAAUGUUUUACCAAUGGCUUGGAGUCUUGUGGAGAAAGUUCUUAGUAGAUGUGCCCGUAAACUUAAACCAUACAUUAUGGAAGUUUUGAAGUCUACAAUGGCCAGCUUGGAUACGUAUUCUCCAGUAGUUACGACCAUAUGCCAGACUGUUUUUGAAACUCCAAAGGUCCACAAUGUUGUUGACGCCAAAGAAAAUGAGGACAAACUGGUUUUGGGGCAUCCUCGUAAGGAGACUCGUUCUAAAAGUGGUUCCAAGAAACCUGCUAGAGAUGGAACUCAACGAAUCAAUGUGCAUGAAAACUUAAGUAAAGGAAAGCAAGUCUGGUCUGAAAGUAGAGAUGCAGAAACAGAUUUAGGAGUUACAGGGAAGAGAGGACGGAAACCAAAUUCAUUGAUGAAUCCUGAGGAAGGUUAUGACAUUCCUUGUCUUUCCGGGAAAAGAGAUUCUUUAAAGACAUGUUCAUCAAACAAAAAGCUUCAGAGAAAAGGAUCAGGAGGAGGAGAAUCAUCAUCACUUGAAAAGCUGGCUGCAAAGAAAACACCUCCGGCUGCUAAAGAAUCUUCCCCAGCCACUUCUAGUAGGGCUCUGACGGGUUCAGUUAAACGAAGCAGGGUUAAGAUGGAGGACACUGAUCAUGAUUUAGAUUCUCUUUCUUCAUCACCGAAAUUGAAGAAGUUGGCAUCAUGCUUCCGGGAUGAAGAGCCUCUUGAGAAAGAAUCAAACCAGGAGAGCUAUGAAAUACCAGAAGAUGACACAAAGAUAGGAGAAUCAAGCAAGAAGAUAAAGUCCCAGAAUGGCGGGAAAAAGAAGCCAAUUGUGAACUCCAGCGGAAAAAGAUCAUCAGCUCGCACAGCUGCUAAAAAAAAGACUUUGGAAGGUGCAUCUUCGGAUACUCUUGUUCCCCAGUCAUCAAAUGACAAGAAGAAGAAACCUCAAGUGGAAGCUAGACCAUCAGCAGAAGAAUCUGAAGAAACUUCAAAAAGCCAUUCAGUGAGGAGUCGGACAGCAAGAAAAGAAGUGGAGUCUGAUACGAAUGGCUUUGGUGCGGAUUUAGUCGGUAAGAGAGUUAAAAUCUGGUGGCCGCUCGACAAGACUUUUUAUGAAGGCGUCAUAGAUUGUUAUUCUGGUCGUACGAAGAUGCAUCGGGUAUCAUAUACUAAUGGAGACGUAGAACAGCUUAAUCUCGUUAAUGAACGCUGGAAGUUACUUGAGGAUCUCCCUUCUGCCAGUGAGAAGAAGGUUACUCAAGUUGCAGCUAGACCAUUGGCAGAAGAAUCUGAAGAAAAUUCAAAGAGGCAACCAAUGAGGAGCCGGACAGCAAAAAGACAAGUGGGUUCUGACAAGAAUGGCUUUGGCGAGGAUUUGGUGGGUAAGAGAGUUAAUAUCUGGUGGCCGCUGGACAAGACUUUCUAUGAAGGCGUUGUAGCGACUUAUUCCAGUCGUAAGAAGAUGCAUCAGGUAGUAUAUACUGAUGGAGAGUCAGAACAGCUUAAUCUCGGUAAAGAACGCUGGGAGCUACUUGAGGAUCUCUCUUCUGAUAGUGAGCAGGAUAUGGAGAUUGAUCUGCCAGAAUCCACUCCUUUAUUUGACAUAAUGCAGAAAGUCAAGAAAGGCAAAAACGUGGCGUUGUCCUCUAAGAAGGAUUCUGGCAAAAAGGCAAGGGUGGAAGGGAAGAAUCUCAAAUCGUUGAAAGAGUUGAGUGCUCAAACCCAGAGAAGGGAAGAGCAGGAAGCGAGUCGAGAUGUGGACGAGGAAAGCGAAGAUGAGUAUUAUAACAGUGAGAUGCAUGAACAAUCCGAAAACAAAAGUGAAGAGAACCUGAAAUUGACUGAGACAGAAGCCAAAGAAGAAGAUGAACAGUUUCAAAAUCCAGAGGCUGAGAGCGAGAGAGAUGGCUCAGAGUCAGAAGAAGAGCCGAAGUGGAGAGAAACAGAUGAUAUGGAGGAUGAGGAAGCAGAAGAGAGAGAAGAAGAGGCUGGUGAUAAAGUGCCAGAAGAAAGCACAAGCCUCUCUGAGAUUGAGAAAGACGCUGAUGAAGAGAGAGGGUCUUGA